UCCUCAUAUAAUUCUAGGAUCCGCGACCAUCCUAACCACUUCCACAAACAACCUGAUCCGGUCCUGUUCGGCGGCGAUACGAGAUCAAAUCUCAAUGUAAUUAAUGUUGUAAACAAAAUAUUUAUUAUUCGGUCAGUGAAAAUGCGUGGUUUAAAGCUGUUGUUCUGUUUUGUGUUCGUCGUUGGUGCGAGUGGCGAGGCGAAGCAGGAAGGUUCUUUAAUAAGUCAAUUGCCGAAGAACGACACUGAAGAUGCAUCAGAAUCGACCACAAUAUCAUGGGCUCCCCAUCUACGAUUCCACAUGCCCUGUGAGACACCUAAUGGAGAUGUUGGAAUAUGCAUUGAAAUAAAAAAAUGCAAGGUACUUAUGCAAGUACUCUUCAAAGCCGGCUCAAAAAAAUUUUUAUUAGAGUCUAAAUGUAAUUCUCCCAGCACGUCCUCAGGACCAUCAGUAUGCUGUGGAAAAUACGGACAUUUUGUGAAGGAUAAAAGUAAGCUGUCUCAAACUGAAGCCCCAUUACCUGUUCCGGAAUCAGAAAUAGGAUAUAGAGAUAAUAGUUUCUCAACAAAUUACACCGAACGUCACACCGAUGCCGAAGUAUUAGAAGAUGCCACAAAUCCGCUUCCCAAAAAAUGCGGUAUUCAAAUGCCUCUAGUGUCAUCAAGGAUAAUGGGAGGUACGGUUGCGGGAAUUGGAGAAUUCCCAUGGUUGGCAAGAUUGAUACAUGUCAAUCAUAAUGGGUACAGAACGUACGGCUGCUCUGGUUAUUUAAUCUCGCCCAGUUUUGUUUUGACUGCAGCUCACUGUAUUAUUUCUCCCACCAACUCGGUCAAAGGCAACAUUUCCUCUGUCAUAUUCGGGGAACAUAAUACCAAAACAGAAGUGGACUGUUUAAAAAGUAAUCCAAAAUUAUGUGCUCCUCCGCCGGUUGAAAUUCGAGUUAAAUCCUUAGUGUUUCAUCCAGAGUUUACACUUGGAGACAAUUCAUAUCCCAAUGAUAUUGGAAUAAUUUAUUUAAAGAAUCCUGUUACAUUUACAGAUUUUAUACAGCCGAUCUGCUUGUUAGACAAACCGAAUUACAUUGUAUAUCAGUAUCAACUAAGUGGAUGGGGUAAAACGGAUGCUGCCGAAAUAUCCAAUGUAAAGAUGAAAGUGGACGUGCCCAGCUAUGACCAUCAAUCGUGCAGAGAAAAGUUUCAGGCUCUAGAAUUAACUGUCACAGAUAAACAAAUUUGCGCCGGAGGUGUUAAAGGCAAAGACAGUUGUACAGGAGACUCUGGUGGACCGUUAAUGAUGACACCGAAUGGAACAGUAUGGUACGCAGCAGGACUCGUUAGUUAUGGACUAGGAUGUGCCAGGGAAGGAUGGCCUGGAGUUUAUACCAGCAUUCCCCAUUAUGUACCCUGGAUCAAGAGCGAAAUCAGAAAAAUGGUGCAAAGUAAAUCAUCAAGGAAGGCUCGAUGAUUUAUUUUGAUACAAUAAACAUAAAUAAAAGACAUUAAUAAAUGUUUAGUUUAAAGAACUAAAUAUUUAUUCAGAAAAAAGCGUAAAGUUUUUAGUUUAUGUAUGUAUAUAAUUAUUACAAUAUCAUGUAUUAUUUAUACAAAUUGUACACAUACAUUAAGGAAAAUAUAUGUAUAUAAUGUUA